AUGGCUCCGUCGAAACGAUCCAUGGCGAAAGGAUCGACGGUGCUUUGGAGAGCUCCUUUCGUUUCCUGCUCGAUGUUGCUGGCGUUCUUGGCGGUGGCACAAUUCCCGUUCUCCGAUGGAUAUCGCAUGCAGCGGAACCAAUCCAGUUGUUACUACAAUGGAACACAUUUCAUGGAGGGCUCGAUCGUGCCGACGAAGGAACCUUGCUUGAUGUGCAAGUGUACGGAAAAGACGCUCAUAUGCGCGCUGAAAGUCUGUCCAGAACAACCGAUACCACCACCGAGGGGAUGCAUUCUGGUGCACAAGAGUGGUUCCUGCUGUCCUUACCUGCAGUGUUCGAAGUUGAAUUUGGCGCUGAAAAACAAUGGCGAUCGAAAGAAGAUACACUUCUUGGAUUACUACGAGAAGGCCGCCCAGGAAAGGUUGGAGAAUCCCAACUCGUACCUUCGUCGUUCGGAUGAUGACGAAGUGGAGGAUAACGGAGCAUGCAUUGUAAACGGAACGGUGUAUAAAUCCGGUUCGGCUAUGGUCAGUUCAUCGCUAUGCUCAUACUGCUACUGCAUCAACGGCCGGCAGAAGUGUGUGAAGCCAAAGUGCGCUCUUCCGAACCAGAGGUGUGCUCCCAUCUUUGUAGAUUCGGCCUGCUGCCCCAUUCGGUACGAUUGCUCCGGAAAAACGCCAAUCAAGGGUAACGAAAUCGACCAGUCGACGGUGUCACCGAAUCACGUGCGAAGGAUCAACAACAAGCACUACCAACGGAUGUCGGACCGAAGAGGAUACCGUAGCAAUGGGUGUACCUUCAGUGGACACACAUACUCCGAUGGAGAAAAAAUGAAAUCGGAAGAUCCCUGUGAGGUGUGCUACUGCAUUAGGGGACAGCGAAAGUGUACGCCGAAGAAAUGUGCCCCUCCGAUCAAAGGUUGUACGCCAAGGGUUCCCCGUGGCGAGUGUUGUGCCGUCCGAUAUGAUUGCAAACAUGGCGAACCGAAACCUUUCGGGCGUAAGAUGGAGGACGAAGAAUCAUUCGAUUUCUUUUCGAUUCUGUUCGGUCCGGAUCCGGAUGCACCGAAAGCGGAGGCGAAAAAUGCUACCGAGAUCAUUGAAACACCCGUUACCGAAGCGGCUCCCGUGAGUACGACUUCGGAGAAAAGUUUUCUGGAUUUACUUCGAGCCGGACUCGAUUUCAUUGAUGAUGCUGGAGAGGAUGAGUUACUUUUGACCAGCACGCCAACGCCGGAUGGAAGCACAGCGACGUCUACGGAAUCUGCUCCCGAGUUGCAGACGGUCAAAGUAGAGAUCAUUCAGGAGCCGCAGGCGAUCUACAUCGAGAAACCGGACUUUAACUUCCCCGUUAGAAAGAUCCCGCCGGUGCCGAUAAUGUUCAAGCCACUGCCGAACAUUCCGGUCAUGUUGAUGAAUGAUACUAACUUUCAAAAGUUGGAGGUGGAUUCGUUGUUGAAGGAAAACCCUGUAGAUGUCUCUAACUCUCUCAUUGAGACGACAGUAAGGAAUCAAGCAAGCACUGACAUUUUGAAGGAUAACGUAGAAGAUGCAACAGCGGCUGCUUCUAGCCCAACGAUCCAACAAACUAUUUCUUCUUCAACCACAGCCAGCCAACCUACAACUACGAGAGUUCCAACGACAGUGACAACUACUGAAAAAGCAUUCACCACUACGACGUCGACUACAAGGAUAACGACAACAAAAUCAACUGCUACUCCAUCUCCUACUACUACUCCUGGUACAACCUCUACAACUACUGCUCCCACUACGACGACUACUAGUACUACUGCUCCCACUACGACCACUACUAGUACUACUCCUAGUACGACCACUACUAGUACUACAUCUAGUACGACCACAACAACUACUGUUCCUACUACAACUAGCACAACAGCAACUACUUCGACAACUAUUGCAGCUCCUACAACAACGACAACAACUAGUACUAAUAAGCCCACAACAACAACCACGACCACUGCCAAACCUUCAACAACCACAACAGAACAACCCAUUACGACUCCCAAAUCUAUGGUUAAGGUUUCGUCCUCUGAAACAAAUCAACCAAAACCUCAGCUCAAAACUGGGCCUUCGGCUUCAUUGAAAGAAGCCCAUCCGCAACCCAUAACCGAGACAACAGUUUCCUCAACCUCUACAGUUCCAACGAAAAAGGAUAAUUUACCGGCAUUUACGAACAUAUCGAACGCCACUGAUCCUCCGAAGAAUGGUCCUAAAGAUCUAUCCAAGUCAUCUACAGCCGCAAGGCCUACACCUACGACAAGCGGAACCACUUCAACCACAACGCCAGCAAUGCCUUCGUCAUCGCAGAAAACUAUAACCACAACACCGAAAAGUGUUAGUUCCACCCCGGUCGAUGUUGUGAUUAAAAUCGAUCAAUUGGUAGAUAAAGCAACGGUGGAGACUAUCCUUAACUCAUUAAAUGCGAAGAUUGAAAAGGUAACUAAGGUGACUGCUAGUGAGCCCAUUUCAACCACAACCAUUGCCACGAAACGGCCGAACAAUAAGUUUGUUGGUUUUGCGCCGGAAAAGAUACCGACAACUGUGUUGCCUAGGAUCACUAGUACGACCUCAGAACCAGUGGUAUCUACGAUGACGAUCAAUGAUGUAACUACGCCCGAUGUAGCCGAGGUACAUGACUCGACGACGUUCGUACCGACGGAAGCGUCCACCGUAGGAAAAGAAACCACUGAACGGAUUACAGAAGAAGUUAGCACUAGCACUACUAUCGAGAGUGAGGAAUACUCGACAGUCAUAUCCAACGAUGUGCCUUUGGAGUUGUCUACUACGGAAGAUGACGCAUCGGAUGCCACUACGGAUAUCUUAUAUACAAACACUCAACCGAGUGAGGGUGAGCAAGUAGAAUUGAAGGCUGAUUUGUUGAGCACUAAUAGUAACAACGAUACAACCACCUCAAUACCACCGACGACAUCUUCUAUUCCGCUCAAACCGAUUACACUCUCCACUCGUCCUCCGAAUCCGCUGAAGGAGAAUAACCUCCUCUCAGUACUUCUAAGUGGUCUCUCGAAUAUCUUCGAUGCAACAAAGAACGAUUCUGGAAAGCCAUCCAACAGAAACCGAACUGAAUAUCGCCCCAUUACACCGAAACCGAUUCCAAUCAGUGGAUUCCACAAGGCUAGCAGUAUUCCGUCGAUCUUGGAAUCGGACGUCGGUUCCGACUACGAUGAGCCAACUUUGCCACCGAGCCUUCCCAAUUUGAAGAUCAUUCCGUUCCUACCGGCAGACGCGGUGAAGAAGAACGAUCCCUUGAAGCCGCCCAAAGCCGCAACGCCAACAUACACGUACUUCAAAAACCAUCCGAACAACUACCCGAUCGUGAAUGAUCCGUAUGAGGUACCGACGGCGUAUGGUUUGGGCAAUGAGCACGAGAUCCUUCACCCUGGGUUAAUGUACAAAACUGCCGUCAAGCCGAUCGGAGAGUAUGAGUAUCCGUACGACCCGACGAUCAACUAUCCUGCCCUAACGGAAAACUAUGAAAUUGACGCAAAGAAUGGGUACUACAACACGAAGGUUAUCCGGGAUAAGUAUGACACGGUGGACGAAACGGACUACGACUACGAUACGGACACCAUUCAUAAGUACUCGGAGCUACCGCAGAAGCAGGAUUUGUUCCAGAACGAACUUAAGAAGUUCAUACCGACCAAGUACGAGAUACCGCAGGAGGGAUCAUACGUCCCGGUGUACGAUAAGUACGGUGUGGGCUAUCCGGAAAAGAAUGUCUACUACACUAACCACAAAGAACUUGCGUAUGGCGGGGCUAAGCUGGAUAAGGUUCAAGCGAGCACAGACAACCCAUUAUUCCGCAUCGAUGGAACGGACACCAGUGGCUUUUCUCCACCAACAAAGACAGAAGGUGGUUUUGUUCCGAAGGAACCUAGCAAGGAAACAUUUUACUAUGAAAGUUACGCCACUACCCCUUCUCCGAUCGAACUGACAACAGACGAUCAUCAUGCAAAGUUACCGUACAAUGCUACACCAACCAGUUCCUAUGGAGCAACUCCAGUAAAUCCGUUCAUCGAUGUAAUCCGCACGGAACCAGCACCUCCAUUGAUGUCGUUGAUUGAAGACAAGGAAAAGUUGCUUUCGUUCCAAACGAAACCGUCGCCAUUGGAAGAUCGCCUUGAUGAUCCAAGUGCUGGCGGAGACGAUUUUGAGAAACAAAUCAUUUCGAUAACGACCGAUGCGAAUUACCUGUCAUCCGUAUCGGAGCACGAUGCCGCAACUCGUUCCAGUACUCCCUCGAAGCCAAACUUUACCGGAUUCGAACUGAACUUCCCCGUGUCCGUAGAUCAUUCGGUGGAACCCGUUUCGCCAACACCUAAACCGAUGAAAGCAACCGGAGUAGAGCACGAACCGGAACCUAGUGCUAUGUUUAGCUUGGAAAAUAUGCUGAACUACUUGCUCCGCGAAGAGGAUCCGAUGAACGAGAACAAGUUGCGUAAUUCAACGAGGAAUGAACCGGCAUCGGCGUUGUCUGAUGGAAUUCCUCCCUUCAAGACGCUACCGUCCCGACUGACCGCAGUGUACGAUCCUUCCGCCGGUCUCGAGGCAUCCCUGGGAGACGUGAAGCCUCCUUCCGAUGAAGAACUCCACGAUGGCACAGUAACGCUUAAGGUGGAAAGUGCUAAGAACGACACCAAAGCGCUCUACCGACCGUCGCUUUCCGAUCUUCCAUUCUUGAAUCCUGGCUUCCACACGAAACCUAUCAACGCACCCGAUACGGAAUCACAGAACGAACUUGAUCGAUACGGUUACAGCGCACCGGAGCAUCGAAGCGAUCAGUACCAGGUGAUCGCCGAAGGAACCCCAGUGGUCAAUACGAACGCGUACGUCGUCAACCCGGUGGACAUUAAUAAACUAAAGCAACAUCACUCCGAAGGUACGGCCGAGAUCAACAUGAAAUCGAAGGUAAAGGACUCGGUGGGCAUCCUUAAGCUGGCCGGUUGUAACAUCUACGGUCGAAUGUACCGAGUAGGAAGGAUCAUAUCCGAACUUUCCGGGCCCUGCUUGGAGUGUAAAUGUACCGAGGUCGGUGUUCACUGUACGCCACUGACGUGCAGAAGACGAUAGUGGUAAAUAGGGUAUGUCUAUCUCGAUGUCCGACGAAAGUUGCCUUCAACUAUUCCACUCACUAGUUUAGGUAAGUGUGCAUGUAGGGAUGUUUCGGAAGUACGAGUAUGCGAUUAAUCAUAAGUUAGCGAGAGAGAGUGUGUACAUGAGCGUUGAAAACCAUCGAAUGAAAGAGGAUCUAAACGGAAUGGAAGGAUACGAACGAACGAGGGUUACUGUGAUUUUCGUGAUAUUAAUAUUUAGUUUUUAAGCCAUCGAUACAAUGACCGGUUGACCAGAAACAUACACAAACAAGCGGAACGAGGAACGAGUUACUUUAGCAUUAGGGCUAUAACUAUCCGAUUUUCCUUCGUUCACGAUUCUUGUAACGCUCCGUGUCCUAAUUUGUGGCGGAAGGGGUUACCUUUAAGUUGGUUCGGGAACGACUUCCAGAAGCGUUAUCCGAUUGCCGCGCGGUACGACGUCCGGCGUGACUUGGAUAUCCCGUCUGGAGGUAGUAUUUUCCACACUAGGAUAUGGAUUCGCCUGUAAGCGCCUACGAUAACGUUCGGAUAUAAGAGUAAUAAA